AUUUUCGUGCGAGACAGACACGAGUUUUCCUUCCCCACCAUGAGUGUCGAUGCGACAAAAACCUACCCAGCGCUCUUCGGUGACGGCAAAGGGCAUUACAAGGUGCACAUCGUCGGAAACUCUGGUGAUUUUCAUCCACGGACUACUCUAGGGGAAGAGCUAGCCAAAAUCCUCGGUGUUCCCCAUCUUCCGCUGGACACGCUACAAUGGGAACCAAACUGGACGCCCUCCCCCCGGGACAAGUUCCGCACUAGGUUCCAGGAGUUCCUCGACCAGAACCCCAACGGGUGGGUUAUAGACGGGAAUUACUACUCAGUCCUACGCGAUUUCAUGGAGAAGCACCAAACGGAUGUGAUAUGGCUGGACCCGCCAUUCUGGCUGUACUUCCCUCGCCUACUUUUCCGCACGUUCAGGCGCUUGCUCGGGCUCGAGCCGUCGUGCAGUCCUGGCUGCGACGAAGAUUGGCGCGAGGCAUUCUUUUCAAAGGAAAGCAUCAUCUUGUGGUGUAUCACCCAACAUUCAGUGGUCCAAAAGCGCGAAAAGGCCAACAUGCGCGACCUUGGUAUUGAAAGCGGAGGUAUCAUGAGGAGGUUUGGCGGAUGGGGUUAUGCCCGUGAGAUGGCAGACUGGAAACGAGAAAUUGAGGUACUCAUUAGGCGAGGUGAGCUUGGAGGUGAAGUCGGAAUGUAGUUUUCUUCGCGUCAUCGUACUUGCGUAGAUCUUGUUUGACAGUCUCAUCGGAAAUAUACAUAUUUUUUGACCAUG